GAUACUAUCAACUCUUUGCUAGACCUAACUUCUUUAUGCUCUCAGGAUGACAUAUCCGCUCGUUUUGACGCGAUAUCAAGCGCUUUAUUGUCCGAAUACUAUCUUUCAGUCAUCGAUGGCAGCUCUCAGACGGACUAUGAAAUCCUCGAACUAGAAUUUUACCUUCAGAAGUCAGGCUGUCAUGAGGACCCAUUCACUCAUGGAAGUGCGGAGCAAGAGCGCAGCGGACAGUGGUAUUUUCAUCGUGUACCGAAACGCUCAAACUCAUCGCAAGCCAACCUUGCGGCCACUGUAGCAGGAGGUUAUCGGGGUGGUACACGUAAAGGCCUUGAUUUGACACUUGGUGGCCCCGUGUGCGCGCAAGCACAUUCUAGUGCGGAACCUCACAUCUCAUCAGGAAUAUUGCGAGGUGGUGCUCUUCUGCGCACCAUACGUCGAUUUCACGACCAAAAGGUCAUCUCAGGGCCCUCACUCCUCGUCGAUGAGAUUUUGCGCGUAUGCAGUGCUUCGAACAUCAGCGAGCUUGUGUCUGUUAAAUGGCAAGGGGACAUCGCUGCUCUCUCAGCCCCAAGCCAACCGAGGAGCGUUUAUAUGUACUUACGCAAGCGACCUGCGUCGAGCCUUGCGACCUCGCCCGUGUUCCGUUCUCCACGCAUUGGACUCGAUCUUUCUAACCCGGAAACUAAAGCCAACCCCACACACCCACGAAUUGUCUUCGUCGGCAAAUUGUAUCGGUACUUCACUUAUCCGGAGCUCCUCAUUGCCAACGGGCGCGCCCAAACGUUCGUAGGACUAUACUUGGCCCUUGUCAAAGGAAAGAAGUACGAACCUGGCUCGCUCAAGUUCCGCAACGAACUGAGUAAGCUGACGGGAAUCAAGGACACGACUCUUGCCAAGUAUCUGUCGGACUAUCAGUUCGGAUUUGAGAAAGGGAAACUGGCAAACUUUGUCGGGGUUGUUGGAAAAGGUGUUUCAGCGUCGGCGUCUGCAUACCUUAGGAUGAUGGGCACGCUCGCAAUGGUGCUCCACGAAACUCCAUGA